CGCUCACCUCUCAACAAUGCCGCUUACAUUUCAUGCACCGGUUCUGCUUAGCUUGUACACCCCAGCAGGAGCUGACAUUCACUGAACAACAAAACCACCUCAUUCAUGCCCUUAUUGCCAUCCACCUUCUCCUUUCCUACCCAACUGAUUGUUUGAAUAGAAUUAGAAACUUUGCAGGAUGUUGAACGUGCAGUAAAAGUUCUUGAAGAUUUACAAGGCGUGCCCAAUCCAACAGGCUCUAGUCUAUUUGAGGGUCUUUGGCAAUUAAAGUUUACACCAACCUGGAACAGCAUCUCCAAUUCAGAGGAUGUGAAAUAGCAGAUAGCAUUUGGGUGGAGUCAAGUUAAAAAACAAAAGCAGAGAAUGUCAAGCGCCAUAGCAAAUGGUCUGGCGGGAGCUGGUGGUGGUAUUAUUGCUCAGAUAAUCACUUAUCCCCUACAAACGGUGAAUACGCGCCAACAAACAGAAAGAAUCGCCAAGAAAGGCCUAGUUGCAUCCUCCAACCUCUCCAAACGCCCUUCAGGUGGCACGCUUCGUCAGAUUCUCCAGCUGAUAAAAACCGAAGGUUGGAGAGGUCUUUACAGCGGUCUUAAGCCUUCUCUUUUCGGAACUGCUGCUUCCCAGGGCAUUUACUACUACUUUUAUCAGCUUUUCAAAAACAAGGCUGAGGCUAUUGCAGUUGCUAAUAAACACAAAGGACGCGGGGAUGGCACUGUUGGCAUGUUUUCAUGGCUUCUUGUUGCAGCACUUGCCGGGUCGUUGAAUGUAUUGCUGACAAACCCGAUAUGGGUUCUUGUGACACGGAUGCAGACACAUACUCAAGCAGAAAGAAAAAUUAUGGACGCAAAGAGGGAAUCUAUUAUAAGCGAGGCUUCUGAAUGCUCAACAGGUCCAACUUUGCAGGACAGAUUGGCUGAACUUGACUCCAUAAAGCCUUGCCCUUAUGGAACUUUUCAUGCGGCACGUGAGGUUUACAAGGAGGCAGGAAUUACUGGAUUCUGGAAAGGAAUAGUCCCUACACUUAUUAUGGUGUGCAAUCCCUCAAUCCAGUUCAUGAUUUAUGAGGGCUCGCAAAAGAAUUUAAGGGCAAAACGAGCCGCUAAGAAGCAGAGAUUUAAAAAUUUAUCAGCUAUAGAGGUUUUCUUACUAGGGGCAUUGGCUAAAUUGGGAGCAACUGUAUCAACAUAUCCCUUGUUGGUUGUCAAGUCAAGGCUUCAAGCAAAGCAGGAGAUCGGUGGCAAUAUCUCAUUAAGAUAUUCAGGUACUUUUGAUGCAAUAAUUAAAAUGAUACGUUAUGAGGGAUUGCCUGGCUUUUACAAGGGGAUGAGCACAAAGAUAGUACAGAGUGUUUUUGCUGCUUCUGUACUAUUCAUGAUCAAAGAGGAACUUGUUAAAGCUUACAUGUUGCUGGCAGUUAAGAGCCAGAAAGUUAUACCCAAAUUGAUAAAAUGAUUUCUUCAUUAUGUACAAGGAAUACCUCCAGUUCUGUACUGUUUGGUUUAUACAUAAUUUGUAGCUAAAAUACAAUGACAAAGGUUAUGGUAAGACAUAGUUGUUA